GUUCUGGCGUCUCUACAGGUGGACAUAUCUCAUAGCGUACGGAGUAGAGAGUCACUCUACUGUCUAGUAUCCCCCGCAGCUAAACAUCAGUCGAGAAAGAGUCCGAUGGACCACAGUCCAAAGUUCAGAGUUCAUCCGUCAUCGGAGAUUCGCACGCCAGUCCGUAUCGUUUCCCGCUGUAAGUUUGAUGAACAGGAUGGGCACUCGACGGGAUGCUGAAACCCUGCUUUUUCUGCCCCCCAUCUGCCAUCCAUCUUCCCUCUGUGCCUCUCUGGCUGGCCGCCGUUUGCUUGCUUGCUGGCUCACUUGCAGCUGCAGGCCAAGAUUCUUCCCAUCUUCUGCCGCCGUGUCUGCUGCUAACGCCGCCGCUGCCGUACAUCAAUAUCCUGCGCAUCUGCCCUGGCCAAGGCAUCUCAUCCCAUCCCACUCAAUCCACCAGGCAGACCAGGCAGACUGGUGGCAUCCAGACCCAUCGCACGUUGGGGGGUUUCCAAGAUGUGUGUAGUAGAUGCCUUAGCGUCGCGCGCGUGGUUGAAGAGAGAGACAUAGAAUCUGACGGAAUGCCGUCAUUUCACUUCACGCCAGAUUCAGGACCAGGGUCCAACACAAUCGAGGCAACCCAACCCAGCGCACCAGACUAGGCGCUACGUGGUUUGGUUCACCAUUCUGCGUGUGGCCUACCAUCUAUUGUCGGGAUUGCUAUCCCCCAAAAAGAAUAGCGGGAGUAACGACGAUCAGUGCGGACCACUGAA